AUGUCUACAGCCAGACCUAGAAUAAUCACUUCGAAGGCUCCGCUAUUGCCUCAACAAACUACCCCGGAACAGCGUUACUGGCGUCAAUACACCUCUGCACAAUUAGUCAAAGAACAUAAUAGUGUUACUCACAUAUCUUUCAAUCCUCAACACCCUCACGAUUUUGCAGUGACCUCAUCCACUAGAGUCCAGAUAUUUUCCUCCAGAACUAGACAAGUGAUCAAGACAUUCUCAAGAUUUAAAGAUGUCGUUUAUUCUGCAUCCUUUAGAAAUGAUGGUAAGUUGCUAUGUGCCGGUGAUGCUACCGGUUUAGUGUCUGUAUAUGAUAGCUAUAAUCCAAGGACCAUUCUUCUAUCUAUAAACGCAUCCACACACCCUACUCAUGUCACAAAGUUUCACACACAAGAUAAUAAAGUUUUAGCCACGGCAAGUGAUGAUAGAGUUACCAGACUUUGGGAUAUAUCUCACGCAUACGAACCACAAUUGGAGCUUACCGGAGCUACUGAUUACGUUCGUACAUUAUCUUUCAUUCCUGCUGCUCCACAUUUGGUUGCUACAGGGUCUUACGAUGGUUUGAUUAGAUUAUAUGACACAAGAUCCAGCGGAUCCACUCCAAUCUAUUCUUUGAACCACGAUCAACCUAUUGAGGACAUCACUGCAGUUUCUCCAACUCAAAUCGUCUCGUGUGGUGGCAAUAACUUCAAAGUAUGGGACUUGACUAGUAACAAAAAAUUAUAUGAACGUGGGAAUUUCAACAAAGCAGUUACAUGUUUGGACUACGUAGAGAAUUUUGAUUCUCCAAUGCAAUCCGCGUUGAUCGCUUCUUCACUAGAUGGGCAUGUCAAGGUAUUUGAUCCAUUAGACAAUUUCCAAGUCAAGUUUGGUUGGAAAUUUUCAGGUCCUGUAUUAAGCUGUGCCGUUUCUCCUAGUACGGCCCAAGGAAAUAGGCAUCUAGUGGCUGGUCUAUCAUCUGGUCUACUAGCCAUCAGAACCAAAAAGAAAGAAAAGCGAGAAUCCAAUAAAGAAAUUGCACUAACCACAUCCAAUACAAAUGCUAAGAGUAAUAACUUCCAAAGAAUGAUGCGUGGUUCAGAAUACCAAGGUGAUCAAGAACAUAUAAUCCACAACGAUAAGGUAAGAUCCCAACGUCGUAUGCGUGCAUUCGAAAGGAACAUAAAUCAGUUCAAAUGGAGUGAAGCAUUAGAUAGCGCCUUUGUCCCAGGUAUGGCUAAGGAGUUAACACUUACUGUUCUUCAAGAACUACGUAAGCGUGGGAAAAUUCGUGUAGCACUAUAUGGUAGGGAUGAAUCCUCUUUAGAACCACUACUGAAUUGGUGCUUGAAGGGAAUUGAAGAUGUAAGGUCAGCAUCUGUAGUGGCAGAUUGGAUCGCUGUAGUUUUAGAAUUAUACGGUAAUACGCUAGAAACUUCACCAGUCCUUCAGGAAUUGAUGAUAGAUUUGAAAACUAAAGUUAGACAUGAAAUUCACAAAUCCAAAGAAGCUCAAAGAAUUGAAGGUAUGCUUCAACUUUUGACGAGUUAA